AGUAGUAGCAGCUGUAGUAUUUAAAAUGACCUCAAACGUAGAGGAUGUAAUUUUGGCAGCAGCAGCUUGCGUGAUUUUAUGUAGGCGACGAGUAAAGUCUAAACGAAGAUUUUGGGUACGGCCAUCGUUAAGAACUCGAGGAACAUAUAGUGGAACAACUCUUUUAAAGGAUCUAGCAAUGGAUGACAUACACCCAUUAACAGGAGAAAUUAAAUGUGAUGGUAGUUUCAAAAAUUUCCUAAGGAUGACCAGUUCUGAUUUCGAAUACCUUAUAAAUCAAAUUGGCCAUAAAAUAGGAAAAAAAGACACAACAUUUCGAGAUGCAAUACCAGUAAAAGAAAGAUUGGCAGUUACAUUGAGAUUCUUAGCAAGUGGAGAUUCCUACCAAAGUUUAAGCUAUUUAUUCAAAUUUUCUAAGCAAAGUAUUUCGAAUAUUGUGCCAGAAGUGUGCGACGCUCUCAUCGACUGUUUAAGCGACAAAAUAAAAGUGCCUAAAUAUCAAGAAGAAUGGCUACAGAUUGUAGACGAUUUUAACCAGAAGUGGAAUUACCCUCACUGUUGUGGUAGUAUGGAUGGAAAACACAUAUGUUUACAAGCUCCAAUGAACAGUGGAAGCGACUAUUUCAAUUACAAGGGAUUUUUCAGCAUAGUGCUUUUAGCUAUAGUUGACGCUAACUAUUGCUUUACCUAUGUAAAUGUGGGUUGCCAAGGACGUUUGUCUGAUGGCGGAGUAUAUGCUAACACAACAUUUAAACAUCUGCUUGAAACGUCUUCCUUGAAUCUCCCACCAAUGAAAGUAUUACCGGGAAGAACCUCACCUUCACCGUUCGUAUUUCUAGGUGAUGAGGCAUUUGCUUUGCAACCGCAUAUUAUGACACCCUUCCCAGGCACUCAACAGAAAGGUUCACAGGGGCGAAUUUACAAUUACAGACAUAGUAGAGCUAGGCGUGUAGUCGAAAAUUCAUUUGGAAUUUUAUCUGCCGUAUUCAGGGUGUUACGAAAACCAAUGCUUCUUGAGCCCGAAAGAGCAGAAAAAAUAGUUUUAGGAUGCUGUUAUCUCCACAAUUUUCUUAGGAAAGGUCAAUCAUCUUCAUCCUACUGUCCACCAGGUACUUUUGAUUCAGAGGACACGUUUACCGGGGAACUAAUACCCGGUACAUGGAGAGUCGAAGGUCAGCCAAAUGGUACGUUGCUGAGACUCAAACGGAUUCCUAGAAAACCCAGUGUGCUAGGCAAGGAAAUACGAGAAGAGUUUUCUAUGUUCUUUACCAGUGAGGAGGGAAAAGUGCCGUGGCAGAAUAAUUACUGACUUCAAAUUGGUUAUUAAUUA